AUGAUAAUGGCAUCGCUCGAGAAUGCUUUGGCCACCACGGGAGGAUUCUGUGCAGGGCGGUCUUUCGUUGUUGGGCAUCAGCGACUUUCAGGAUUGGGCUACUGCUUCUCGGCCUCAUUACCUCCACUUCUAGCGACUGCAGCCAGUGAAGGCCUUCGUGUCCUAGGCAAAGAACCAGAUCGUUUUGAGCGUCUCCAUCGAAAUGCUCGUUUCAUGCACAACACUCUUAAGAAAGUCUUUGAAUCGAGCAGAUUUGUGAUCAACGGAGAUGAGCUCAGUCCUGUUCAGCAUAUAUACUAUGACAAUGAGGAAGGCCAUGGAACAGAGUUGGAAUCUGAUGAGAAAUUGGAAGAUUCUGAGAAGAAAGUGGCGAGAGAAGUGGCUGGCAAAAAGCUGGAUGAAUUGGUUGAUAAGGGUUCAUCGCACGGAAAAUUUUCAAAAAUUCCUGAAACAUUGAGUAAAUUCAAUGAGUUUGACGAAUUGUGA